AUGAGCACCAGAGACUUGAUAGAGGGUGAGGCGCUGUUGGAUGAUGAGGAGAAUGACGAGGAGUUCGACGAAGAGACUGGCGAGCCAAUAAGAGGUCCGAGUACCGGAAAACCUAAUACAUACGAUGACUCCAGCGAGGAGGACGAUGAAGAAGAGGAAGACGAGGAGGCUGCUCGCGCAGUUCGAGAAGGAUUCAUCGUCGACGAAGAUGAAGAAAUCGAGGAACGCGCCGAGCGCCGCCGAGAACGAAAGAAGCGCAGACGAGAGGAGCGUGAACGAGAGGAAAUCGUUCUCGAUCAAGAAGAUCUAGAACUCAUCGGCGAGCAGAAUCCAGAUUUCCAGCCUCAGUCUACUGAGUCAAAAUUUAAACGUCUCAAACGAGGUCACAAAUCAGACCGACCCGCCGACGUCUUUAACUGGGAUGAAGAAGAGGAAGCAGCAGAUUAUGGAAGGGUCAGCCACCGCCGUCGCGACGAAGAAAUGGACGACUUUAUCGAAGAAGAUGAGUUCUCCGAUGAGGAACGUCAGCGCCGAGAAGACGACGAAGAAAUUGCACAUCCCGUUCGCAAAGGAAUAUCCGGCCUCGCCAUCUCCGAAGCCACCGGUCUCGACGAAAAUGCUCUGGAGGAUAUGCGUGCGGCUUUCGGUGAUGGUACCGACUACCUGUUUGCCCUCGAGAUGGAGGAAGAUGAAGAAGAGCAACAAGAGGAAGAAACAAAACACCUCGACUUGAAGGAUGUUUUCGAGCCGACAUUAUUGGCCGAGAAGAUGUUGACUGAUGAGGAUAACGAGAUUCGCUUUGCCGACGAACCAGAGCGCCAUCAAAUUGCACGAAAGCCAUACAAAGGGGUUGUUCUUUCCGACGAAGAGUUCCAUGAAGAAGCCGUCUGGAUUUCAAACUUGAUGCUUUUGAGGAAACAACACGUCAUUGAGGAUAACCUACAAGAGCCGUUUCAGCGCGCUGUUGCCAAAGUGCUUGAGUUUAUGGUGACCGAUGAUUUCGAAGUGCCUUUUAUCUUCCAACACCGAAAAGACUAUUUGAUUCAUGCCGCCAAGGUUCCAGCUUCUCCCGAUCCGGGCAAUCCUGAUGCGCCAGAGUUCGUCAUCCGAGCUCAGAAACUGCUUAACAUGAACGACUUGUGGGACAUUUUUGAACACGAUCUGAAGUUCCGAGCCUAUAUUGAUAAACGACAUACUCUACAAAAGACGUACGAUCGCCUGCAAGAAAUCGGCGUCAAGGAUGAAAUAGUGGAUGAAAUGCUUGCCGCUGCGACUACUAUGGAGGAACUACAGGAUGUUCAAGAAUAUCUGCAUUUCCAAUAUGGUCCUCAAAUCAAGGAUCUUUCUUUAAUCUCAGAAGAGACCAACGGUGAAGUGGAUGGCGAAGUCAAUGGACAGACGAAUGGUCAGACCACUCGCCGGAAAGCGGGCGCCAAUACUUUCUUUGAAAGAAUUCGGAAGAGUAAUGUCUAUAGUCUUGUGCGCUCUUUCGGUAUUACUGCCGAUGCGUUUGCUCAAGCCGUUUCUCAAAAUCGCCGAGGACAAUACACCGAGGACCCCGAGAAACCACCCGAAGAACUCGCAGAUACCGCUUUGGAUACUGAUUAUAGCAACUCAACAAGCGCUCUUAGAGCUGCCAAGGCUAUGUUUGUCGAGGAGUUGGUGAUGAACCCAAGAAUGCGAAAAGUCAUCCGUGAGCAGUGCUACAGGAAUGGUGUUGUGGAUUGUUACAGAACAGAAAAGGGUCUUCGCCGAAUCGACGAGCAACAUCCAUACUAUGAAUUCAAGUAUUUGCGCAACCAGCAACUUACAGAUAUUGCUCGACGUCCAGAACUUUUCUUGAGCAUGCUCAAGGCCGAAGAGGAAGGAUUGAUCAACGUAACAGUCACCUUCCAGAACUUGGAGCGCUAUCGUCAGAGUUUAUACAGCCAUAUUGAGUCAGACAGUCAGAGUGAUGUUGCUGAUGCUUGGAACAGAGAGAGACGUGAAGUUCUUGAUACCGCCCUUGGCCGGCUUGUCAAACUGAUGACACGUAGUGUCAAGGAGAACAUUCGACAAAAUUGCGAAAAUCAUGUUACCAAGGAAGUGCGCGAAGUAUUCUCCAAUAAACUAGACCAAGCUCCUUACAAGCCGAAAGGCAUGGUUCUUGGUACCGUUCCUCGAGUGCUUGCCUUUUCUAACGGUGAUGCUCCUGUGAAUGGAGACCAUUUCAUUCACUGGGUCUGGGUUGAAGAAGAAGGCCGGCCUCAAGAGAACGGAAAGUUCGCAAAAUUGCAAAUUGGAGAUUUGGAGCGUGGCAUUCCAGAUGGAGAGGACGUUGCUGCAUUCGUCGAGUUGGUUCGUCGUCGCGUUCCAGACGUCAUUGCUGUUUCAGGUCGCUCCCCAGAGACUCGCAAGCUUUACAAGCUACUUUGUGAUCUCGUUGACCGCAAGGACCUCCGUGCUGCUCCAUACACUGUCGGUGAAGGAAAAGAGGCAAAGGAGGUCGCUGACAGGUUGGAAGUUAUUAUGGUGAAUGACGAAACAGCACAGUUAUACGCCAAUAGCGAGCGAGCCACAGUCGAUUUCCCAGUCAAACAAAAUUACCUCACGAGUUAUUGUUGCGGUAUUGCUCGAUACCUCCAGAACCCGUUGAAAGAAUACGCAGCCCUUGGCAAAGAUUUGGUUUCUAUUCAGUUCACACCUGGUCAGAGGUAUCUAGCCGAAGACAUUGUCGCAAAACAAUUGGAGAGCGCUCUAGUUGACAUGGUAAAUUUGUGCGGUGUCGACAUCAAUGAGGCUGUGAGCGAUCCGGCAACACAGAAUCUUCUCCAAUAUGUCUGUGGUCUAGGGCCGAGAAAAGCUUCGCAUUUGGUUAAAAUCGUCAACAUGAAUGGUGGCAUCGUCAACAAUCGUGUGGAACUACUUGGUGUUGAAGCACAGUACCCUGCUAUGGGCGUGAAAGUCUGGAACAAUUGUGCUAGCUUCCUUUACCUCGACUGGGAAAAUGUAGAGACGGACGCUGAUCCUUUGGAUAACACCCGUGUGCAUCCUGAAGACUAUGACAUUGCUCGCAAGAUGGCCGCUGAUGCAUUAGAACUUGAUGAAGAGGAUAUCAAGGCAGAGACAGACGAGUCUGGACCUGGUGCUAUUGUUCGGAAGCUCCUCAAAGACGAUCUUCAAGAUCGUGUUAACGACUUGAUCUUGGAGGAAUAUGCCGAGCAGUUGGAGAAGAAUCUGAACCAGCGGAAGCGAGCGACAUUAGAGACUAUCCGUGCCGAGUUGCAACAACCUUAUGAAGAGCUCCGGAAACCAUUCGUCUUCCCGACCACAGACGAAAUCUUCACUAUGCUCACAGGCGAGACAAACGAAACCUUGGCCGAAGGUAUGGUUGUUCCAAUGUCCGUCAAGCGAAUUGCCCAGGACCAUAUCGAAGGAAAACUCGAUUGUGGAGUUGAAGUACUUGUGUCCGAGUCAGAUAUCACAGACCGGCAUGAUAUACCACCAAGAGCUCUUUUCCAGAUUCACCAAUCCGUUCAGGGCAAGAUCUUGUACUUGAACAAGAAAACAUUCCAAUGCAACAUGACACUUCGUGAAGACAAGGUCAGCAAAGGAUAUCAGCGACCGAUAGAGAAGCAUCGCGGUGAAUGGGAUGAUCGACAGGAGCAGGAAGAUCGUGAGCUUCUGCAAGAAAAGGCGAAAACGGAAAGUCGAUUCGUCAGAGUCAUCAAACAUCCAUUGUUCCGAGCCUACAACUCAAAACAGGCGGAGGAGUACUUGGGAGGAAUGAACCGGGGCGACUGUGUUAUCCGCCCGUCUUCGAAGGGACCUGAUCAUCUCACAGUCACAUGGAAAGUUGCUGAUAGUGUUUACCAACACAUUGAUGUUCUGGAAUUGGACAAAGAGAAUGAAUAUUCAGUUGGUCGAAUUUUGAAGAUUGGCGGAAAAUACACGUACAGCGAUUUAGACGAGUUGAUCGUCAGCCACGUGCAGACGAUGGCCAGGAAGGUCGACGAGAUGAUGUCUCAUGAAAAGUAUCAAAGCGGGACAAAGGCGGAUACAGAAAAAUGGCUGACUACGUACACCAUGGCAAAUCCCAAACGAUCCGUUUACGCUUUCUGCAUCAACCCCAAGUACCCUGGAUAUUUCUUCCUGUGCUUCAAAGCAGGACAAAAUGCAGCACUACAGAGUUGGAAUGUCAAAGUCAUUCCCCAAGGUUUUGAGUUGCAACGCAAUCCUUAUCCCGAUAUGCGUGCGUUGUGCAAUGGAUUCAAACUGCUUUUCACAAAUAUGCAAGUGGGCCGAGUUGGUCAGGGGUUGCCUCGCAGGUGA